AGAGUCAGAGCCAGGCUUGGAGGCUGCUGGGGCUGAGAGCCGAGAGAUCGUCUACACCCUGGGAUCCUCUGCUGGGCAGAGACCCCCAGAACAUGGACCGAGUAACCAGAUACCCCAUCUUCAGCAUCCCUCACUCACCCCGUGUGGCCGGCAUGGCCUUGAAAGGCGACACCAGCUACACGUUUGAGCUGGUGGGCGUGGGGUCCGUGGCCAGCGACUGGGGCCAGGAUGAGCCACUGGCAUGGCCUGCUGACCACAAGACCUCUCUGGAAACGGCGCAGACGGGGACAUCCCUCAGCCUGCGUGUCUUCCCCGGCCAGCUGGCCCCACGGCUGCCCUGCCCGGAGGACGAUGAGGAGGAGGAAGUGAAGGCCUACCAUCUGGAGGCCAGGGACACCCCGCCCUGGUGGCCACGUGACCUGGAGUGGGAGCGCCGGGUGGUCAUUCAGGACCAGGCGGUCAGGAAGAGCGGCACGGUGGCCAUGCUCCAUGGCACCCCUGACCACGGGGAGCCCGGGAGCCCCGGCCGACCGCAGUCCACGCCCCCGGAGGAGAACAUGAUCGACACGGAGCAGAUCGACUUCCUGACAGCCAGGCGGCAGUUCAUGAGCCUGGAGCAGACGAACCCUCCAGCCGGGGUGGCCCACGCCCGUGCGGGGGUUCCUCGGGACCCCCCACCCGGGGUGGCCCACGCCCGUGCGGGGGUUCCUCGGGACCCCCCACCCGGGGCCAGCCAGGCCUCCCAGGCCCUGAACGGGCCACCCCUGGUCAAUGGGUAUGUCGUCCCAGUCAAGCCUGAGGCGAAGGAAGUGGUCACGGAAGAGAAGAGGGUCCACGGUUUGCCCGCCAGCUCUGGUGCCCAAGCCUUGGACGACCCUGGUUCCUGGUCCCAGGAGGGGUCCCCGGAACCCGCCAAGGAGACGCCCAUUGAGCGGGAGAUCCGGCUAGCCCAGAAGCGGGAGGCAGAGCUCCGGGAGCAGAGGGGGCUGCGACGGGUGGCCAGCCACCAGGAGCUGCUGGAGAUCCCGGCCAGGCCGCUGCUGAGCAAGGUGAGCCUGGCCGCAGCCCCGCGGCCGCACAGGGGGCGCCCAUCGCUCUAUGUGCAGCGGGACAUUGCUCAGGAGUCGCAGCGUGAGGAGGACCACCGGCGGGAGGGCCUGCAGGUGGGCCGGGUGUCCAUAUCCGACUGGUUCUCUGAAGACCCCCGGCCCGUUCUCAGCAGAGUCCACAGCUCAGACUCCAUCCUCAGCCCGACCCCAGAUGCCAGCGCAGCCAGCCCCACACCAGAGGUGAGGAAGGUGAACCGCAUCCCACCUGAUGCCUACCAGCCAUACCUGAGCCCCCGGAUGCCCCCGGGAGAACCCCCAGCCUCCCACACCUACCGCAAGCCCAGCGGUCUCUCCGCAGAUGAGGCCAGGCCUGCGGGCUCUCCAGAGGCCACGGGGUCCCAGAGGCAUCCCUCGGGAUCCUCUGCAAAACCAUCAAGCACAAAGCAAGAGCCUCCCCGGGGACCCCUGCGCGCCAACAGGGGUGUCGUGCGAUGGGAGUACUUCAGCCUGCGUCCCCUGAGGUUCGGGGUCCCGGAAGAGCCUGAGAAAGCUGAGGCCCCCCGAGUUUGGGGCUGGGAGGUGGCUGGGGCCCCGGCACUGAGGCUACAGAAGUCCCAGUCAUCAGAGCUGCUGGAGAGGGAGGUGGAGAGUGUCCUGCGGCGGGAGCGGGAGGUGGCUGAGGAGCGGCGGAGCGCUCUGUACCCCGAGGUCUUCUCCCCGCCGCCGGACGAGUGCUGUGACCAAGACUCCAGGAGCUCCUCCCGCGCAUCUGGCAUCACGGGCAGCUACUCGGUGUCUGAGUCACAGUUUUUCACCCCCAUCCACCUGCACUCGGGCCUGGUGUGGACGGCAGAGGCGUCAGCUGAGGAUGCUCCCAGGCAGAGAAAGAAGAAUGAGCAGUGGUAUGCCGGCAUCAACCCCUCGGACCAUGUCAACUCGGAGGUCUUGGAGGCCACACGGGUAACCCGCCACAAGAACGCCAUGGUGGAGCGCUGGGAGGCCCGGAUCCACACCAGCGAGGAUGAGGAUUGAGCCUGGGGCCAGGCGCCCACCCCCUGCCCUGCCCUGCCGUGGCCCCGUGGGAACAGCGGACCGUCCUGAGCCCUCGCGUUAGGACAUAGGUUCCUGUUUAAAUCCAGAUCCGAGAACCACAAAUCUCAUGCUGCCAAGCCCAAGGGUGGAUGCACUUUUGGGCUUGAGGGUUUUCUUUUCCGCUUUUAUUUUCCUGCAGAAAUCGUUGUGCUUUCUGGGUCUAAAGCUGGGGAUGACUCCUUCUGUUCCUAUGAUGUUGCCAAACGCUCUUGGGUCCAGGGAGGAAGGAGACCAGCUCCCCCACCUCCAGAUGUAAUUGUUCCCGCUAGUCUGAGAGGGGAGACGCUCGGCUCCUUCCUCUGGGACAUCCCAAUCUAACAGGGGAGACCUGCCCUUGCUCCAGCCCUGGGAAACCUCCAGUCUGAGGGCCAGCCCCAGGCAGAGAAAAGGGCUCGAUUUGGGUUCUGAAGGGGGUCCUUCUGUCCCCCCAUGAAAUAAAGCAGCUGCGGGCCCGCCCUCCGCCUGGUGUGGGUGGCCACCCUGAACCUCUCCCUCCCCCUCUGCCUGCUUCACUUCUCUGGGUGAUGUCACUGCCCCCAGGGCUGCUGCUUCCUGCCUCUGCCCCUGCCCCAUCCAGGCUGUCCCCCACAUCCCUGAGUGUGGCAUACAGAAGGUGCUCAAGCAGUGCUUGUUCAGUGAGCGAGUGACCGUCUCAGUUCUCCCACGUGGCCCCAUCAGUCAUGCUCAGAGCACUUAUUAAGCACUUGCUGAGUCGCCAGCCCUUCUGGCUUCAGGGGCAGUUGGAGGGGUCUUUAGUUAGGCUCUGCGUGUGUACCAGGGGCACAACCCCCGCAGAGAAGAUCAUUCUGGGCAAGGCCAUAGGCAGCAGACUCAAACCUGGCUCUGCUGCCCCUCUGUGUGGCCAAGGGGCCCCUCCACCUGCCCUGCCUCUGUUUCCCCCCAACCCGUGGGGAUGGUGAUGGGACCCCUAGCCUUGACCCCAGAAUGACCCCGACGGCAGCCCCCUCCUCCCACCAGCCUGGGCCUCCAGAGGCUAGGAGCAACUGGUGACACCCAGCCGGCAGGGCCUGUCCCCUCCUGCUGCCCCCGGCCCCUUCCCUCCUUACAGCUCCUUCCCCUGCAGCCGCCGCAGGGAAAACAGCCACAGCUAUUCUAAGAGCUGCAUCUUGAAAGCGGCCCACGCGGGCCAGGGAGGCUGUGUGGCCUGAAAUAGCUGAGGCUGCGGGUCCCCAAGGGCGCCUGGGGCAGGGGUAGCUGAGGUCGAGGGGGGCUGCGUCGGGCAGAACAGGCCAUCUGAGGAAGGAGGGCAUCUGUCCUCAGGGGGAGCGCCUGGGCCCGGCGGUGUGCCCCUUGGUGGCCAAGGUCAGCUCUUCUCUGGGGUUCCAGCAGUUCUGUUCCAGCCCCAGGAACCAAAUGUGGGCCCCUGCCCUUCAGGAAAGCAGUUUUGGGGCUUUAGAUACAACCUGCCUGAGUCUCGCCGGGUCCUCCCCCAUGUCCCACCACAUCCUCACCCUGGUGUCCAUGGGCCGGUCCCCCUGGUCCCCCUGCUCUGAGAAUGUGAGUCUCCUGGGGUGACUGGAAUAAGUCAUCAUGAACAGGGGGCUUAAACCAGCACAGAUUGGUUCUCUGACAGUCCUGGAGGUGAGGAGUCCGACUCGGGUCUCACGGGGCUAAAUCCAGGCGUGGGCAGGGCCGGUCCUUCCGGAGGCUCCAGGGGAGCAGCGGUUCCCGCCUUUUCCAGCUUCUAGAGGCGCCGCAUCCCUGGCUCGCGGCCCCUCCUGCAUCCUCACAGCCAGCAGCGCAGCCUCUCCCGUCUCUCUCUGCCUCUGACCCUCCCGCCUCCCUCUUAUAAGGACCUUGUGAUGACACUGGGCCCCCCGGGGAAUCCAGGGUCCUCCCCAUCUCAGGGGUCUUAACUCAAUCCCACCUGCAAAGUCUCCUCUGCCCCAUGACACAUCUGCAGUUCCCGGGACCAGGAUGGGGACGUCAUGGGGCCGUUAUUCUGCUGACCAGACACAGAAGGACACACAGUGUGUGGUUCCACU